AUGGCCCCCUUGAAGAAAAAGAAGGCUAUCCGUGUCCAGGUUCCGACUCUUCGCCCUGCUUCUAAUAAGCCCAUGCCCACGACCUCCGAGCCAGAUCUUACCGCUCCCGCGAUCCCGGCGCUAGAUCUCCCUGUUCACGUCACCCCAGCGCAUGGCCUCCCUUCCCCUCCACACACUCAACCCGAUAGUACUCAUGACAAGCAUCCUGCUCAAGAUGCCGCUGCGUUGGGCACAUCAGACCAAGACACAAACACUUUCGAAGAACUGCCUGGCCCAGAUCCUCGCUUCGCAACCGUCCCUGAAGAGCUCAAAUUUUAUCUCAAGCCGAAUGUUGAAUUGGACGCCAGACCAAGCACCAAGGCCACGCUGCUCAAGAUGAUUCGACACUUCUUCUCGGAGUAUAAGCCUCGGCCCUUAAACUGUCACAAAGGCGUUUUGAUCCGAGCGUUUGAGGAGAAAAUCUCCCCCAUGAUUGCGGAGUAUCUUGCAUUCCAGGCGCAAUGUGAAUCACAGCAUGAGACAGACGAAGACGAAGAAAUGCAGGAUGAAGCACCUCCCAAAGAGGAUUUAUCUGGCAUCAAUCCCAAUAAUGCCAGCAUUUCGGUGGAUUCAAUUAUAGCUAUGAUCAAACGACGCCUGCCCAAGCUCCAGCUCCCCACCGGCUUGAACAAAUCUUCGGCAAUCGGCUUCUUUCACAGAUAUCUCAUGCCGCCCCCACCGGGAGGCUAUCCCUCGCCGUUCACGACUGUCCCGAACCCUCUUCCCAAGCCGUACCAUAAGUAUCUGACUCGAGACGAGUUGCGAUUUGCUAUCCAAUGCCACUGCCCUAAUAUCUACAUCCCUAUAGCCACUGGUAAGCAGGUGCUCCGAAUGCUCUAUGAACAAUUUGUCCAGGACGACGUGGCCGAAGAGGAAGUAUUUGAGGGGUUCCAUUACUAUGUCAUAAUUCCCAAGUGA